GUUGCGUUAGCCGGAUUCCGAAGUUGUGGUGCGUUUUCCGUGUGACGUGAAGCCCAAAACUUUUCCCAAACUUUUAGACUCAGGUGCUGAUGGAAUAGGGGAUGUUAUCGAGUUUAUAUAGAGUUUUAUGUGGCUGUGUGUGCUGAUGCUAUGAGUGUUCGGUAGGUCUUUUACGUAUAUUCGACUUUUGUGACUAUGAUUGUGAAAGUUUCGAGGAUGUUCGGCCUGAUUGCAGUUCUUCUAAUUCAAGGUUCGGCCGCUGUGCAACGAUUCGAACAGCAACCUUCCUACACCGAAGUAAAUCCUGGUCAGGAUGCUCUUCUCCUUUGUAAGGUUUUCAACAAACGAGGCUUUUGUUCCUGGCAGAAAGACAAUAAGCCAAUGGGUAUGUACCCCAACAAGUACGAAUGGCAUUCGCCAAACCAAGAAAAUGGAGACUGUUCGAUCUGGAUAAGAGCUGCCCAGCUGGAGUUUGACGAUGGUAAUUGGGAAUGUCAAGUUACAGCUAGUGACUUCCAUACCCAGGAUGCUCUCACAAGUUCGCCAGUCCGAUUCGUAGUCCGAGUUCCUCCACAGCGGCCUCGGAUUGAAUUCAACGGCACGCAAGUCCUUCCUGGUCAUAACCUAACAGCAUUACAUGGGGAAGUUGCUGUUACAAUAUGUAGAUCACAUUAUGGGAACCCACCACCAACACUGAAAUGGUUCUUAGAUCAAACAGAAAUAACUCCAACCAGAAGACAGACGAACACGACGGAAUUGGACAAUCCAAGAACGUGGUUAGCUCUGUCAGUUCUAGAGUUAACUAUUUCUAAGGAAAACCAUGGAAAAAUGUUGAGAUGCGUUGCUGUCCAUGAAUCCUAUUCGACCAAAUCCAGCAGCAUAGAUGUACGACUGGAUGUUAUGUAUGUGCCGGAGACACGUUUAACCGGCAUACCAACUGAAGACGUAGAAGAUCUGAAAGAUACGGUUUCUAUACGUUGUUUAGUGAACGCAAACCCACGAGCCUCUGUGAUUUGGAGAAGAGAAGGACAAACACAACCGGCCAGUUUGCAGGAACAACUUCAGUUCAGUCCCGUCAUUAGGGCACAUUCCGGACUAUAUAGCUGUAUAGCAAGAAACAAGGCUGGGGAAUCCCAACCUGCUCGGAUUCAAGUAGAUGUAAAAUAUCCACCAAAGAUCGUGAGUGUGGGAAGAGACAAAGUCAAAACAGCAAUAUUAUUCUCUUCUAUGGCUUUCGAAUGUAUGGGUGAAGGAAAUCCUCCUCCAACUUACCAGUGGCUGCAGAAGCUUCCAUCGCCGUCAAGUAUGGUCAUCGAGCGAUCUAGAGAAGCCAAAUUGUAUAUAUCAAAUGUAACAUACGACUAUCAGGGAGAGUACACUUGCAAGGUUAGGAAUAUUAUUAAGGGAGAGGAGAGAGUAGAGAUCAGUGAACCUAUUAUUCUGCAAGUACAUGGAGCUCCACAAGUACUUCGUCAUACAACUGUACCAGAGGUUCUCGUAGAGAAGGGAGAAAAUGCAAGGUUGAGUAUGGUUGUUUGUGCAGACCCCCGUCCUAGAAUUGUUGCAUGGGAGUGGGGAUCUUUGAGAUUGGAAGCUGGAUCAGAAAUGGGUAGAUACAAAGUGGAUGAUGUGAUUCAAGAACAGAGAGAAGACUGUUACAAAACGACGUUACAUAUAAGGGACGUCUCUGCUACAGAUUCCAGAGCUUACUAUCUAGCCGUAGAGAACGACCGAGGAACCGACAGACAUGCCGUCCAGUUGCACGUCAAUGAACCACUUCAGAUGAGCACACUAGUCAGCUUAACGGGGGGACUCCUUGUGGCGUUUCUCCUAUCUAUUUGUGUCUUCAUAUAUAUCAUCAGGACGGAGAAGUGUUGCUUUUCGAGAAAGGGAGACUUCAAACCACCGGAUAUUGAUAGUCAAAAGCUAGACAUAGAAAAAACAACCACAGGUCCAGGUGGUAUUCCUGCAGAUGCCAUAUAUACAACGACGGACACAAGAAUCAAUCACCACCACGGUGGUGGUAGCCCUGAAGCUAUGAAGCCGACACACACAUUCAAUGGUAGAAGUAGUUUAGAGGAUAAGCCAAAAGAAAACAUCUACUCUGGUCUCCAUUCAACAAAUCACCAUCGAAUGGGAGAACGCGAUCUUCCUUUUGACUACUUCGAUUCCGACAAUACAGAGAGAAGUUACCGUCUAGAGCCAACGAAAUAUUACAGUUUCAAUCCGUACAAUGCGACAAAAUCAUACGAAAAUUGGUCGUACAACACGAUGACCCUGCACGGCAGUAAUAGGUCGGCCCUGCCAAAAACAGAUAAGUAUGCCCACAGAGCGUCAUUACCAGGCUCAGAAUGCAAUACACGCAGGUCGUCUAAUAAGUACAGGAAGAAUAUUAAUGCAAGGCCGAAGCCUCUGCAACUAGAAAAUGAAAAAUACUACGAUCUCGUGUUCCCAAAGCAGCGAAUCAUGAAUUUUUCCAAUUCUGAUUCGAAGUAUCAGCCGGGUAACUUGGAUAAAGCUGAAUUGUAAAUAAUUAGAUUAUAAACGAAACGUGAUUAGUUAUUUCGUUGUGUAUUUCCUGUAAAUAUUAUUAAAAAGUGAGGAUGUUCCCCUCAAACAAGAACAGCUAUUACAUUUUUCAACAUAUACACAGGUCGUAUUCGAAUAUUAUUGCAUUGUCCAUUAAAAAUCUUCUUCGAAGUAAAGUUCUCGUACAUUCUGUGAAAAAUGGAAUAGCCUAUUUAUGUUU